GGAAACGUUAGUAAUGUUUCCUAAAAAGAAAAAAAAAAUUUUAAAAAGUUUCGAGGUACACGCUUCAAAACUUACCCUUUCGUUUUCCAAGUCGAAUAUGCCGAGUCCUAAAAAAAAUUAUAGGAAACGUUAGUUUUCUAAAAUGAUCAAUGCAGCCACAGCACGUGCGUUUAGCUUUUAAAUGCUGGGAAGGAUAUUUCAAAACUGCAAAUGUUCGUGAAAAAACGCUAUUGUGUAAAUUAAUGAUUAAAUUGAAUGCAAAAUUUCCAGAUUGGGAAGUUAUUGAGUGGAAUACACUAUUAGAUGCUUUAACUCAAAAUGAUGAGAAUGAACAAGUUUCCACUUCCGAUAUUUUGGAAAGCUAUAUGAGACCAGAUAGUAUUUUGGUAAUUGGGUUGAAACAAAUUCAGGACGGUGGAAAUUCUACUCCAGGACAAAGAGUUGCAGAAUCGCAAAAUCUGAGGUGUUAACACUUGCACUGCAAAUGUUAGCAAAUGGUAUUGAAGUAACUCAAGAUCAAAUCAUUAAAUUAAAGCAUUUGGUGUUAAUUCAUUUAGGAUUUNUCAAU